CAUCCGACUGUCACAGCCACAAACUCAAUAACGAUCUCCGACAUCGUGUCACUAACGGUGUGAACACGUGUUCUGUCCCGUGGUGGUUCCCUGGGUCGGACUGGGUGUGGGUUCUGUCUCUGGUUCUCGUGUUUCCGUCCACACGCCGGAGAGCGGCUGCGUGUUGGUGGGAUCUACUUUCUUCAGGAUGGCGGUGCUGCGCCUUUCUCUCCUUCUCCCCUGUGCUGCGCCGCCAUCUUGAAUUUUAAUGUUAAUUUCUAAAUAAUGUGUUUGCUGUGAUAUUUUGGUCCAGGCUGUGGAAGCGGGACUGGUUCCGAAGCCCUGCAGUGGGCCGUGCUGUACAGAACCACAGUGUUUCAAACGUUAGACCACAGUCUUCCCCACUCGAGUGUUUCUUUAACUCAGAGACUAAAUGCAACUGGACCAGGGGGCUUGUGGGCAUGAAGUGGUUGGGCGAAUCCAGGAACAUGGUAUUGAAUGGCAGACGACACGGAAACAAGUUGACCGGCGAGCAAGCUGUGAGCCAGAGCCAGACCCGCUCUCAGCACUCACAGCGGACAUCCCUGCGCCACAACAAAACGCAUCCCAGAAACCGAAGAUGUAGCCGCAGGUUUAAUGCAGCCAGUCUGGAGGCAGAGCGGCGCUAUGUGCCCUCCUCGGGGAUGACUGCCAAGGAGCUGUGUGAGAACGAUGAUAUGACCACGGGCCUCAUCCUGGAUCCAUAUCUGGGCUUUCAGACUCAUAAAAUGAACAACAGAUUUCGACCGAUUAAGGGAAGACAAGAGGAGCUGAAAGAGAUCAUCGAGCGUUUCAAGAAACAUGACAACAUGGAGAAAGCUUUCAGAGCCCUGACAACCGGAGACUGGUCCCGAAAUCUGUUCCUCCACAAGACCAAAGCCCACGAAAGGCUCUUCAAACAACAUGUGUUUGUGUAUCUGCGGAUGUUUGCCACAGACAGCGGCUUUGAGAUUCUCCCUUGUAAUCGUUAUUCAUCAGAGCAAAAUGGAGCUAAAAUUGUGGCAACAAAGGAAUGGAAGAGGAACGAUAAGAUCGAGUACCUGGUGGGCUGCAUCGCGGAGCUGUCGGAGAGCGAGGAGAACAUGCUGCUCCGACACGGGGAGAACGACUUCAGCGUCAUGUAUUCAACCCGUAAGAACUGUGCACAGCUCUGGCUGGGCCCAGCUGCCUUCAUCAAUCACGAUUGUCGACCGAACUGCAAGUUUGUGUCGACAGGACGCGACACGGCCUGUGUGAAGGUUCUGAGGGACAUCGAGCCGGGGGAGGAGAUCUCCUGUUACUACGGCGAUGGUUUCUUUGGGGAAAACAAUGAAUUUUGUGAAUGUUACACAUGUGAACGACGGGGUACCGGUGCUUUCAAAUCCAAAGCUGGGCUGCCAGUGGAGGUGCCGGUGAUCAACAGCAAGUACGGGCUGCGGGAGACGGACAAGCGCCUGAACCGGCUGAAGAAGCUCGGGGAGGGGAACCGGAGCUCGGACAGCCAAUCAGGCGGCUCCCACACAGACGGAGAUUCUCAGGAAAUGCCAAAAACACAUCAAUCUGCCAGAAAAAGAACAUCCUCCUCUGGCCUGAAGUACAAAAACAGGACUCAAACCAGGCAGACUUUGUCCAGAGCCCUAACUACCUCAUGUUCCAAGCAAGGUCGUGUAAACAGUAACAGGGUACCAAAGAGACUAAAAUCCCAGUCCAAGACCUCACUUGGUAAAGUGCAGCUGCGGUGUCGGCGGCGGGGGGCCGAGCCCAAAGCGUUGGCCAAAGGAGAGACUUGCCAGCUGGGUCUCAGGGACCCGAAGGUGUCGCUGUGUAAAGGUGUCGCCGUCAAGAAGGAGAAGGAUGGACAGGAGCUGGGGCAGCAGGCCCUCGGGCCGCGGGGCUGCCUCACCCGGCACGCUGCCAAGGAAAAUGGAAACCUCCAAGCUGUGCAAAGCAGCGAGGGCAGCCAGUGCUCCACAUACAGAACUCGCAGGUCCACUAGGACCCUGGUGAAAGCCCAGGAGACGGCAGCUGGCGUCAAGCUGGAGCCCAGUGCCAUGGACGGCUUGAGCCCGGUGCCUGGUGGAGUGGUCAUUAAAACAGAGCCCGCUGACAUGGAGGAGUAUCUCCACCAUGGAGUGGGACUGGAGCAGCCGGCGUUAGAGCCCGGCUACGUCAGAAGAGGCUCCUGCCCCAGGCGGAAACGAGUGUCACGGCUCCGGGCCGAGCGGACGAUCAAGUGUGAGAACCCGUACGGCGAGCCCUUCAUGCCGGUGGCUUCUGGCCACGCCGCUAAUUACUCUGACUGUGGCAACGUGCUGCUGAGCAUCGCGGAGCGCCACCGGGACUUCAACGGGGUGGCCAACGGCAGCAAGUCCCUGCGCAGGGACAAGGGGAAGAGUGGCUGUCGCUCACAGGACAAGGGGAAGAAGAAGCGUCAGAUCACGCGUUACGAUGCUCAGCUGAUCCUGGAGAACAACACAGGCAUCCCCAAACUGACGCUCCGCCGGCGGAGGGACAGCAGCAGCAGCAAAACCAAUGAUACCAACGACUCCAUCGGCUCCUCCAGCCUCUCAGCCUCCACCGUCAACUCCGCCUCUUCCAGCAAAAUCAGCAUUAAGUUCAGCAAAGAGCACGAUAAGGACAAAGGCAGCACGUACAUCGCCAAGCUGAACAACGGCUUUGCCCCCGUGGUGCACAGUAACUCCACCAAGCUGAAGAUCCAGCUGAAGAGAGAGGACGAUGCUCGGAGGACAUCCCAGUCGCGGGCUGAGCAGAUGUCCUAUAACGGGGACAUGGGUCAGAGUCUGGAGGCCAGGAACGGGGGACAUCGGACCCAAAACGUUCUGGCCGAGCCUUCGUCUGAAGAGGACGACGACGAUGAUGACGAUGAGGACGAGGACGAUGAGGAAGAGGAGGAGGAUGACGAAGACGACUACUUUGACAAUGAGUUCGAAGACGAUUUCAUUCCACUUCCUCCAGCGAAGCGGCUGCGACUCAUUGUGGGUAAAGACUCCAUAGACAUCGAUAUCUCCUCCAGGAGGAGAGAGGAUCAGUCUCUGAGGCUCAAUGCAUAAGCUGUGGAGUUCAUCGCCUCCACCUCUCUGUAAAUAAAGACAACUCGCUAAUCAACUGUUGUGUUGAUGGAAAAGAAGUACAGUAAUUUAAAAACAAAAAUUGCUGAAAAGUUGAGAAUCUGAAUGAACGUUACUGGAGGGCGUUGUUGACUUGAAGCAAAUCUCUGUUCUUCACUUAACUUGUUUUCAUCAGUUGGUGUCAUUGUAGCUCUGAUCAAGACAAAUGAAAUCGAUCAAGCUGAAGUGCAAAAAUUUAUCUUUGUUGUUUCUGAACGAUUCGGCCUGUUUGAAAAGUGAAAAACAAGGAUUUGUUUUAAGUGGAACUUUUCCUUCAAGUGAAUGCACUUGAUAUAUUCAUAAUGGACAUGGAUAUUGUAUAAAAUGUACAGUAUGGUGACUAUCCCCUCUGUCUCAUAGGCAGGUUUUUAUUGAAGUUUAGAUUUUUGUCUCAUAGUUUGUAAGUUGUGUGGCGAACCACGCUGAACGUGUGGUGCGCUCGGUCCAGAGGCAUUAAAAGAUCCGGCUGUUCACUUGUGUCCGGGUGCCAUGUUUCCAUUAUCCUGAGAGAACCACUUGAGUUUCAGUGAAUCAUUAAUAAUCAGCAUUAUUUAUUGUUUAAGUCAAUCAUCUAAAACAUUAUUCAUGUAAAUGUCACAGUAAAACUUAUUAUUUUGAUAGAUUGAUAUGGAUUCACCAGGAAAAGGAGCAUCUCCACAGUGAAACGUGUCCACAGUGUGUUGAACGUGGCUCUCAGUCAUCACAUGGAAGAAUUGAUGGUGUUGCACAAUUAUUUUCCUCCAUCGACACCAGCAGCUCAUCCAGAGGCUGCAGAGUUCAGAUCAAACCAAGCACACGAGUUUUACAAUCACAGGAGGAGGAAAUGAAAUGGACCUGAGUUUUUGUGGUAUAAUGGUAACAUGGCACACGUGGUGGUUUACAGGUGAGAACAUGGUUAUCCACAUGUUAGGCUACCUAUAUGCUUUUCUAAAAAGUCUCUAAACCAUAAUGUACAGAAAGACUGGCUCAUGUCCCUCAGCUAAACCAUGACAGUUCCUCUCAAGUCACGUCUUACUCUUUUCUACCUUAAUCCAGUUGUUAUCCAGAGCUGCAACUUAUUCAUUGUCUUUCUGAUUUUAAGAAAAUAUGUAAAAUUCUCUGGUUUUCAGUUUCUCAAAUGUGAAUUUGUUUUCUGUUUGAUUUAAAUCUUCCGUGGUCAUAAUUGAUUUUGUUAAUCGGUCAAAGGGAAACAUUUGAAUACGCCAUCACACAUUCAUGAAUCAAUAAUCCAGAGGGGUUUGUAGUUGCAGCUCUGACGUUAACAGACGUCCACGUACAUCCGAGUUUUGAGGAGGAAAGUCAUGUCUGAAAAUGUUUCUUUUGGAAUGGAGUCAUAUUUUCUUCUUUUCUCUGUGGUGCUACUUUUUUAUUUCCAUGCAAUGUUUGAGUUUCUCUCCUGCUCACCUGUUGGGAGGACGAGGCAGCAUUAACUUUAAAGGCCAGAGUAGAAAAGCUCAGUCUUAUCACUUCUAUCCGAUCUCUGGUUUUUGUCACAGGAAUAUUUUCAGUUUCCAAAAUGUCAAACUAACUGUAUCCAACAGCAUUCGGUGCCUUAAAGAUCUUUUUGACACAUUUAGACCAAAUUUGUGACACAACCAAUCAAUGAGGAAUGAAACUGUUGACGCCAUCUGCCCCCCCCCUGAAACUCCCACUCAGCAGCUUCAGUCCUUCUGUAUAUUAUUUAGAGUUUAAGUGGAAGUCGACACAUCAAGGGAUCAACAGUGGUUUGAAUGUUAACCCACUUUUCUUGUGUUAACACGUACUGUUCAUAUCACCAGCAGCUAAUCACCGUUCUGACCCUGGCUCAGUCUGCCCCCCCCCCCCCCCCCCUCGUCGGACGUCUCCAUCCUACACUGUAAACUGUUCCAGGUAUUACGUCUGUGUGGUCUUUGUCCAAUAGACAGCUGUCGAGAUUUCUAAUUGAUUACAAAAAGGCAAAAAAUGAAAAAAAAAUGAAAGGCAAAACAAAUGUGAAUAGUUUGCGGACAUUCUAGCGUGUUGCGUGGGUAGUGGGAAAACGUGUAAAAAGAAUUAAAGUGGGCAGUGCAUAUAUUGUCCAAUAUGUAAAUCAUGUGAACACAUCUUGUACUUAUUUAACAGUUUUGAAUACUUGAAAACUAUAUAAAGUUUCUUUGUGACUCUUG